CAAAGUAGCUGUAGUAAAUAUAAUCCAUCUUUAGAUGAUCAGCUCCACAUCCUGCAGCGGACAGAGUCUGUCCUCGAAGUCCGAGUCACUGUUGUGACCUUCUCGAGUGAACUGCAGUCUUUUAAACUUGACUUGAAGCAACAGCAAUAAGCACAGAAACCUCGCAGUUGUUAACUGAACUCACGAGUAGUGCAAGACGGGCCUGCGAGCGAGACGGGUCGGCAUGGUUAACUUUGGAAUUCACCGCGGCCAAGCGGUCUCGCCCAGUGACCAGGGCUCGGGUUGCCAUGUUGGGGAGGUCUCGCGGGAGUCAGGCGCUAUAGAACACCUGGAACGAGCAGGCUGGCGUCCCGAAGCCGACCCACUCCUGGCAUCGUAUGCGGACCUGCCGCCUUUGGGCCGGAUGGCUCGCGGCUAUGGAUCUAAGGGCAGUAUCUGGGCUCGUGUGGCGUACAGCGCGGGAGUGAGCCCGGCCAAGGAGCGACUGAACAACUUGUGGAACACGACCUCGCUGGUAUCGGCGCUGCUCAUGACCUUCACCUACUCCAACAUCGGCAACCCUGCCAGGUCUGACACCCCCCUGGAGCCCGGCAGCAGUCGCGCCAUCGCGCUGGAGUUCGCCAACGUGGCGGGCAUCCUCAGCUUCGUCAUGAGCCUGUUCUGCCUGAUGUUCAACGUCGUGUUCCACGAGGUGGACUACUGCACCACACACCGGGAUGAGCGAGACUUCAUCCUGGGCUUUGCGGGCGUGUUUGACGCCGUGGCGGGGUUGUUCGCGGGCAGUGUAGUGAUGCUGCUGCUCAGCGUGCUGUGCACAAUCUUCGUGAUACACCCCAUGCGAACCUUCUGGAUUACGGUUGGCACCUGCAUUGCAAUGGCGAUCGCCUUGUUCGGCACGACACUUCCCAUCACCGUUUUCACACGCUUCCGGCUGUGGGUGCGACUGGAGGGCGCGCUGGAGCGUGGGGCCGCGGGCGGCGGCAGCCAUGGCGUUACCAAGGCGGCCGCAGCGGCAGCGGUGUCAGAGGGCCGCCUGGAGCCACAGGCCGCCGCCGCUGCGGAAGAUGAGGAGGACGAGGAGGAGGAGAUGGGCGGCAGCAGCAAGGACCGUGGUGGCAGAGGGGCAGUCGCGCGCAAUGGCGGGCGUGUGCAGGCCUUCCAGGCUGGGGAUGCGGGCGGGGGCGGCGGCGGCGGCGGGGGCGGCCGCGGCGGAGGCGGCGGCGGCGGAGGCGGCGGCGGCCUGCGUGGUGAGAGCUCUCUGCGGCGCUUACAGUAGCAGCGGGCAACACUGGAUAGACAAGAGCAUGACGGGGCUUUGGAGUGUCAGGAAGAGUGGGGGAGCAACAUACUGCAUUGCUCGAGAACACUGCUGUAUUGUAGCCACGACUGCGUAUCGGAAUGACUCAAGCUCGCUCGUACAUGACUGCGAUGCCUCAACUGUACUGCAUGCUGCUAUAAUGAAUGACGAUGAAUGGCGAUGCUGUGAUAACGCAGCUAGCUAUUGAGUGUUGUAACAUGGUGGCAAGGCGGCCCAGCGGCCCAGCCGCGGUGCAUGAACUACGGUACUGAUCUUGCAGGCGUGGGUGUGGCUAGCUGUCGUACCGGCAGUGUGGCGGUGUGGGGUGGCAGGUGCCCGGUGAGGUGUGGGGGGUCGCUGUCCUACGACUUGCAUGCGGGCUGUGGCUGUGGCUGUGGCUGGGAGUGCGUAAGAUGCAGCAGGCAUUGUAGGGAGUGGCGGCCGUGGCGGAAUCCUCCUCUCUGCAAUAUGGUCCGUUGUCCUGGAAGUGGCUCAAAAUCCAGA